AUGUCUAUAUCUGGUGUCGUUUCAUCUGAAAUCUACUCCUCGGUGCAUAGCCAGCAGUUUACGCGUCCAAGUAAAAUAAGUAUUUUUAUUAAGAUACUAAAAUAUAACUUCCCGUACAAUUUACCAUGGGUCGUCGGUCGUCGCAAGUCCAAACGCAAAGGAGCUCCAAGAAGAAAAAACAUUGAGCCGAUGCCCCUACUUUUCGAUUGUCCUUUCUGCAAUCACAAGCAGGCAUGUGAAGUAAAAAUAGAUAAGGAGAAAAAACUGGGAAGAAUUGCCUGUAAUGUGUGUCAGGAAUUGUUUCAAACUUCUGUAAACUAUCUCACGGAAGCAAUUGAUAUAUUCAACGAUUGGAUUGAUGCUUGCGAGGAGCAGAACUAACCAUUUACACUUUUUAAUGCACUUUACAAUCUAAAUAUUCAUUUAAAAACACGUAAAUACACUUUUCAAACUUGUGAAUUAGUGGUCAACCUUUAACACACGACUCUUAUACUUUAAACAUA